AUGUGUACUGAUUAUGGGAUUGUUAGCUGUACCCCGCCCCUAUACGCACUGGUUAUUGGCAUCGACAAAUACCUUUCGAAUGGGGUCCGAGAUCUGAAGGGUGCAGUUGCCGAUGCUGAUGCCGUCAAUACAUUUUUGCAAGAGACUCUCUUCGUUCCAAAAGACCAAAUCAAGAAUCUUCGCAACGAGGAUGCCGCGAGAGUUACUAUCGAGACGGAGAUUAAGAGGCUUGGGGACAAUUCAGCAAUCAAGAAGGAGGACCCGAUUCUCAUCUACUAUGCAGGGCAUGGAGCCGAAGCGAACGCCCCGUCCGGAUGGCCCACCGACAACGGGAUGAUACAAAUGCUGGUUCCACACGACUUUAACCCCAAUGCGUCGACCGACUUCGAGCAAGGUCAAGGUCUAUUAGAUAGGGAGCUCGGUCAUCUUCUCGCAGACCUCGCUAUGAAAAAGUCAGACAACAUCACCGUCAUCCUUGAUUGUUGUCACUCUGCUUCGGGCACACGAACAGUCAACGAUGAUCCGACCUUCGCCGUACGCGGGAUCGACCUCCCAAAGACUUACAUUAUCUCUCAAGGCCUUUUGAAUGGCAUUGAGCCAAAUGCUCGGGGGAAUGUCGUUCCAGAGACAUACGAAAAUAGCGGUCUCCGGUCACACAUGCUCCUUUCAGCGUGUAAGCGGGGGCAAACAGCCAGGGAGACAGUCAAUGGCGUAGAGAAAGGUCAAGGAGCCGGUGUCUUUACUACGGCGCUGUUAAAAUUAUUGAAGAAAAGGGGCAUUGACAAGCUUACUUACAAGGACGUAAUAACCGACUUGGAAUUACCCGAUAAUCUGCCAUCGGCACAAGAUCCGCAAUGUGAAGGUGUCAACCAAUCACGAUACCUUUUCAAUUCCAAAGUAGCCAGCCCACAACUAUACCCCAUCCACGCAUCUUCUGACUUGCCGGGCCAGUACGUUUUGGAAGCUGGCGAGGCCCACGGGAUCACAAGCAAGGCCGAGUUCGUUGUUUUCGCUGAUAGAAAGAUGGUAUCUGAGCUUGGAACUGUCGUUGCUUCAAGCACCACCGCUUUCACCACCACGUGCGAUUUCGCUCCGCGCGGCGAUGAAACACCAUUCUCCCUUGAUAGUACUGGAUAUGCCUUGCAGAAUGGAGUCGGCGAGGGACAGGAUAUUCGCCUUUUCAUCGAGCCUAACAUAAAAUUCCUCGAUGUCUUUAGGCAGAUAGUCAACGAGAUGCAAAGCAUCGAAGCAGCAAAGAGGCGAUUCCAUUUGGUGGAGAGGCGCGACGAUAAGCCGGAUCUGGUCAUUGGCGCGGAUGGUGAUGUUGUCCAUUUCGAGAUCAUGGAUGAGCGCUGUCAACAGCAUGGGCUAACACGCAUGCCAUUCAAAGUCAAAACCGAUGAUUCAGACACUAUCCACCGCAUUCUUCAAUGUUUCGCUCAUUUUUACUGGAACCUUCACCGUUCUAGCCAAGGGAGCCCCCUCGCCAGCAACGUCAUGCUCGAGUGUAUGAAGCUUAAAGAGACCGGGAGGUUCACAAAUGACUUACUAGAGAUUUUGGAACCCGAUGGCGAUAAUCUGAACAUUGAUGGUGUGAUUUCCGUCGAUGUCGGUGAGGAUGCGAUGUAUGGAUUCAAGAUUACCAAUACGAUGUUGGUACCUCUUUAUGUUUCGAUGUUCUAUUUCGAUGUCAGUGAUUUGAGCAUCGAUUCGUACUAUCAACCGGGAAGCGCAAGAGACGGCGCCGUUGAUGUUUCUCUCCCUCCUGGAGGAUCGUUGACCAUCGGGUACGGCACGAGUGGGACUGUUCCGCAUACGUACACACUAAGGAAGGGACAAGAUGUUGAUGUUGGCUUCUUGAAGCUCUUCUUCUCGACAGAGUGUAUAGACUUGUCGGGCAUCAUCCAGAAGUCGCCUUUCGACGACGACCGCCAGAGCGAGUCAAAACCGGUGAAAAGGAAACCUGUAUGGAACUCGAUAUGUGUCACACUUGUUCAGCGGGCAGGUCCAGUUACCGGGUCGUGA